GGAGGUUCUGUGGAAGGGUCACCGAACCGGAACCGGUUAGCUCUGUUUUUCCGCUGACAAAUGCUGCCAGACCUGCUGAGCUUUUGCAGCAACUUUGUAUUUGUUUUCUGAUUUGCAACAUCCGCAGUUCUUUGGGUUUUUACUCAGUGUUUUAGAGUUUAUUUACAGGGCGCUCUUUAUUUAUCGCGAGCUCUGUCUUUUAGGGUUUAUUUGUGAAGGGCCCUGUCUUACAGAUAGUUUACAGGUCGGCUCAGUAUUCGGGUGCAUGAAGAGGGAAAAAAGCCUUGAAAGUGCCGUUUUUUUUUGCAUGGCAAGCUGCUGAAUACGAACCAGUCUCACACCAUUGCCAUCACCUUGCCCUUGUGAAGGCAGAUAUGGAUAAAGUUUUCAAAGCUGAUAGAAAAUUGAAAGCACUCGCAUCCUGUGACAAUGAUUGUGAUGUCGGUUCCUGGAAAGCCUCCAUUGUUGGAGGACGAGAAGCCGUAUCCAAUUGAAGCAGCACAGGCUUUUGCGAUGACUGUGGAAACCACUGCUUAUGCCUUGCUUCAAGCGUUGUCAAGGAAUGAUACUGACUAUGCAACACCGAUUGCGAGGUGGCUAACGAUGCAACAGAACUAUGGUGGUGGGUUUCACUCGACGCAGACAACAUCAGGUGAAGAUGUGCGUGAUUUCAGCAAGGUGCUGAAAAAUAAGUUCAGAUCAAAGAAACACUUUGCCAAACAUCCUCGCUUGAGUUAUUUACUCGUACAAACAGUUCUAGAAGGCGAGAACCUUGAGAGUACCACGCUGAGUAUUGUUAUCCCGAUAGUUCUUUCGUCUCAGUCCGUGUGUAUUCCUGGGCGAAUGUGCUCGUGUGGUCUCAGGAGUUGCGGAGGUCACGGCUCUGGGACAGCCGUUUCAUCGCCCUAUGCUGCAGAACCUGCCCCGGAAGAGAGAGCCCAGAGAAUUGCCAAAGCUGUCCGCAAACAGUCAAUAGAAGUGAAGGAAAAUUGGGAACAACUGAAAAUCCGUGCGAGCAACUGGCAGAAACAGGUGGAAAAGGCGUUGGAGAAACUUCAAGAACUGCAGAAAGUUCUGGAUGAUCUUGAGGCUCAGGUGAUAACAGCUGAGGGGGUCCACACUGAUCGGCAACCUGUGAGUGACCUGCUUAUUGACUCAUUGCAGGAUCACAUUGAUAAAACUACAGUUAAAAGUCUACGCCUUUUCAGUUCUCUGCUGCAUAAUGAAGACUUGGAACAAUUUUUUUCUGCAAAGUAGAAAAUCAGUGUG